AUGAGCAUCCCCGGUCCUCCAUCAUUCACUAAUCACUACACAGGCAACACAACAACAACGACGACCAUGGCAUCUUCACUCAGCUUCAUCCUUGCUCUUCUCCUCGCAAUCGCUGCCACCGACGCUUUCACUGUCCACCUACUCAACAAGUGCCCCUACACGGUGUGGCCAGGCACCUACCCGGUCCGCAGCGGGAGCAGGCUCGACCCGGGUCAACUGGCCGCCAUUGAAGUCUCCCCGGGCAUGGUGUCUGGAUGGAUUUGGGGGCGCACCGGCUGCAACUUCGAUGCCAGCGGUCGCGGGUCGUGCACCACGGGCGACUGCGGUGGCAUGCUGUCCUGUGCCGCCGGUUUUAAGCCACCCGCGACACUCGCCGAGUACACGCUGGGUAAGGGCGGCAGCCCUGACUUCUAUGACAUCUCAAUCGCCGACGGAUUCAACGUCCCCAUGAGCUUUGGGCCUGUCGGCAGCAGCUGUCAUGUGGUAAGCUGUGCCGCGGACAUCAACGCAAAGUGCCCGUCGGAGCUGAAGGUGGACGGAGGCUGUGUGAGUGCGUGCAUCAAGUUCGGCACCACCCAAUACUGCUGCAUGCCGCCGCUUACGCCGUCGACCUGUGGGCCGACGGACUACUCGCGCUUCUUCAAGGGGCACUGUCCGGACGCCUACAGCUACGCCUACGAGAAGAGCAGCACCUUCACAUGCCACGUCCGAUCAGACUACCAAGUCACCUUCUGCCCAUAG